GUCAGUCCCCGCCCCCCGGUGUGUCUCCCAGGCAGGGCGGUGGGAGGAGUCAGUGUGCGGGAAGGAUGGGGGGGAUGAGUGCGGUGUGUCUGAUCCUGAUGAUCGGGGCUGCUGUGUGCCUGGCUGCCUGUCCCUGCUCCGAUCCGGCUCUCUGCGAUCCCAUCCAACACUCCCGGGACUCCGAGGUCUAUGUCUUCCAUGUAAGUGGAAAAAGCUGGAAGCUCUAUGAUUGGUCUAAAGUGACCACAGUGGCUUUAUUUGCACCCUAUGACCCCGAACUGAUGUGCUUUGCACACUCCAAAGGAGCAAGAUUCGUGCUGACGGGCGAUGUAUCUGUGAAGGAAAUCGUAGACCCAAAGCAGAGAUCUGCCUGGAUUGCAGGGAAGGUGAACCUGGCCAAGACUCAGUAUAUGGACGGGAUCAACUUAGACAUUGAACAACCGAUCCUUCCACAUACACCCGAGUAUUACGCUCUAACGGAUCUGGUGAAUGAAACCACAGAGGCCUUCCACAGAGAAAUCCCGGGAUCUCAGGUGACGUUCGAUGCUACGUGGAAUCCCAAUUGUGUGGCUAUGCGUUGCUACAACUAUUCUGCCAUAGCGGAGCUGUCUGACUUUUUGUUUGUAAUGUCCUACGAUGAGCCGCCUCCGAUCUGGAAUAAAUGUAUUGCUGGAGCCAACGCACCAUUUAACCAAACCAUAACCGGUUAUCAGCAAUUCAUUAAUUUGGGAAUUGACCCCAAGAAGCUUGUAAUGGGCGUCCCGUGGUAUGGUUAUGAUUACGUCUGUCUCAAUUUAACAGAGGGUAACAAGUGUGAGAUGGGAAAAUGUUCGUUCCAAUGGGAUCCAUACAGCUAUGCAGAAGGCAACCAAGUAGGCUACAUGACAAUUAUGAAGCAGGUGAACAGUUCUCUGACGGGGCGGUUAUGGGACGAUGUGCAGAAGGCUGCGCUCUUUAAUUACAAGGACACAGAGGGGAAAAUCCAUCAGGUGUGGUACGAUGACCCGGAGAGUAUAACGCUGAAGGCAACCUACGUCAAGAAGCUCGGUCUCCGAGGGAUCGGCAUGUGGCAUGGAGACGUCCUGGAUUAUUCUGAUGAUCCGGUAGCUCAGGAACAAACCAAGGCGAUGUGGAAAGCGUUAACGCCAUAACUGCUGCUGAUGACCCGUCACCUGUAGCCCAGGAACACAAAUGAUUUGCUGCUAGGUUUUCUAUCAUAGAUAAUUCUUAAAGAAUAUGUAAACCCAACAUUUUAUAUUCCUGAUAUGUGCCUGCUGUACCAUGUACCUGUAAGAAAAAGUAUCAUGUUCUUUGUUUCUCUUCCUUCGUGUAAAAUCUCUGGUGUUCUUGCCAGUCUCUCAGCUUUCCUAUCAAAAACUGACCACACUA